AUGGCCGUUCGUGGCAACUCGCUGAUGCCUUUCUCAAUCCAAGCCAUCCUGAACAAAAAAGACGACAGUCGACACUUGCCAGAUUUGGACAUGUGCUUCUCAAAGACUGCCUGCUGGAAAAUAUUUGGAGAGAUGGACGGCGGAUCGAGGAGAAACGAGAGUGAAGCUUGUGAGCCGACCGACCAGAAGAGCUACGACUCGGAUUCGGGACUCAGUGAGGACAACGACAGCAAGACUCCAGCCCCAUGUAAAUCGGAGAAAGACGGAGACCCUGCGUCGGAUGUGCCGGAGGAAAGCCUGCAGGAGGAGACGGACCACGAGUCUGCAGCUGCGGAAAACUCCAAGAGUGACACGGAGCCCGGUAAUGGCACGGAUUCCAGCAACCUAGACGAGAAGAGUCUGGAUCAACCUAAACAGCGGAAAAAGCGCUCCAGAGCUGCCUUCUCUCACGCGCAGGUCUUCGAGCUGGAGCGCCGUUUCAACCACCAGCGGUACCUUUCCGGGCCGGAGCGGGCGGACCUGGCGGCCUCCCUGAAGCUCACAGAGACUCAGGUGAAGAUCUGGUUCCAGAACCGCCGGUACAAGACGAAACGCCGCCAGAUGGCUGCCGAUCUGAUGGCUUCAACCCCAGCAGCCAAGAAGGUGGCGGUGAAAGUUUUGGUGCGGGACGACCAGAGACAGUACAGCCCGGGAGAGAUCUUGCGGCCCCCGCUGCUCUCCCUGCAACCGUCCUACUAUUACCCCUACGCCUACUGCCUCCCUGCAUGGACGCUCUCUGCGUGUGCGGGGAACCAGUGAAAACUCGGUGACUGUAUUUAUUCAUUUUUAUUAUUUUUGCUCCCAGGAAGCCCAAAUAGCUUUACUUCUGACAAGAGGAAGAGGCCUGAGGGGACUGCUCAACGUCUCUGAUUGAAUUUCCUCACCAUGUUGUCCAGGCAAGACAGCAAAAACCUUUCAUGGCUUUUCACAUCCUGAAAUACUUUAAAGCGACUCCUUCAUGUAUGUAGUAAGGUUUCCCCCCCUCCAGGGACCCGUUAAAGAAACAGUUUCUCCUGAUUUAGACCCUAAAAUCAUAAGCGGAGAGACAGGACCUCCUAAAAAUGUCACUAUGUUAUCCUCUGAGGAGUGACACAGCAAUAAUAUUAACGUAUUUGUGUCUUUGCUUGGACUCCCUCAAGGACCUCUGAAGCCCCCGGAACUUGUUUUGGAAACCGGAGGCCUGAGCAGACUGAAAAUGUCACCUUAAUGUUGAUUUAUAUUUUACAUGCGCCUUCCUACCUCUUCAGUGAUUGGAAAUAGGCAUAUUCCAUUAACUUCUCAAACAGCUGUCUCUGUUGCAGGUUGUGUAUUUUUUUUCUCUUGCUGUGUUUGUAAAGGUAAGAUAAUUCAGCACUUUUGAGCAUAUACGUUACUUUAUUCAAUGCAUUAUAGUGUGGUUCGCUGUUAGACUGAAAAGAGGCGGUUUGUUGAGUUACUGGCCUAUAGCAGGAAGCAGGCUAAAACAAGCCGACCUCCUAUUAAAAUGUACAUGUUUUAUUUGUG